AUCUGACUUCAGUAUAUAUACACGGAAGCACUAGUCGGACACACUCACAAACACACUAAGCUCUGAGAGAUACACAAGCCCAAAGCAGCAAGUCACAGUCAUGAAGGUAUUUGUGGUGCUGGCUGUUGCAGUGCUCUCUAGCUGCCAUGCCAACCUCUUUUAUGCUGAUGCACCUAAGCCACAGCUAGAAGUGUUGAGUGAUGUUUUUUGGGACUACAUCGCUAAGGCCACACAGACAGCUGACGACACCCUCCAGAUGAUCAGGAAAUCACCGAUUGGUCAGGAAGUCAAUGCACGUCUAACAGAGAGUGCCGAUAUAGCCAGCAAGUAUGCAGUCACCCUGCAGAAGCAGCUUCCCCCUGCAGCCCAUGACCUGAUGACCAAGAUCACCACAGAGGCCGACUUGUUGAAAAAUGCGCUGACCCAGGAACUGAGCUCUGUCAGGGACAAGCUGGAACCCUACACUGAGGACAUGAAGACCCAGAUCCAGCAGAGAGUGGAGCAGCUGAAACAGGAUCUCGCCCCCUAUGCAGAUACUCUGGACUCAGAGGCCCUUAGGACCACCCUGAUGCAGAAGAGCGAGGAGCUGAAGACCAACCUGGAGAAAAGUGUGAAAGACCUGCAGGCACAGCUGGGGCCCUACACUGAUGACCUGAAGCAGAAGGUGGACCAGCACCUCCAGGACUUCCAAAAAAGUGUGGUCACCAUGACCGAGAAGGUCCAUGUGGAGGUGAGCCAGAGAGCCAAUUUGGUGAAACAAAUGGUGGCCCCCUACGCUGAAGACCUGAAGGAAAAGCUGGACCCCUACGCCCAGGACCUACAGGCACAGCUCAUGUCCCUCUACCAGUCCUUUGUCAACGGCAACUAAGUCAACCUUCACACCUGCUAUAUCAUCAGUCUAGAUCCUGGCCAUGUUGGUCUACCUCUGUUUGAAGCAUGAAAUGUAAUAAUUUAAAUAUCUGCCUUGUACUGUAAACCAAAUUAAACUGUGUAUAUCAGCAACAUAAUAUUUAUUGUGAAGCGCAAACAUCGCAAAGCAAACCUCUGCACUUGUAAAGCAUGUAUAUACUUGGUUUUUAUUUUGUGUUGUGAAGUAAGUAUUCUGUAAGUUAUCGAAAAUAAAUAGAUGAAUUUGAAGAAUAUAAA